AUGGCUCUCAUGGCGAAUGAGCAAGCUAUGGAGGAUUUGAAACUCCAAGCCCGGAAAUGCAAAGAUUAUGUCCAAAAUAUUCUCUUCGAGAGUCGCCAGAGGUAUGCGAACGAAUUGACGUCCGACGACGAUAUCACCGCGGCAAAAGCCCAGGCUAAGGCUUACGCGGAACCAGUCGAUGUUCAACUGUCGUACGUCAAUGAUUCACACCUCAUUUUGACAGCCGUCCAUUGUUCUCGCCUUACUUCUUGCAUAAAGGAUCUGGCGAGAGAACUUUCCGUCUUUUCGCACGGCAUUAAGAACCGUAACUUUUACGAGAGUUGCUGCGAGGUUCUCGUUCCCUGGAUCUUCCAAUUUGACCGAUACUGGGGUUUAUAUGCUCUUUAUGAGAUGAAUGAUGAGAUGCCCGACCCGGACAAAGCUACCACACUGAUACGGGAUGCCGUCGACCCUCAUGCAAACUUCGAGACUUUGAGAGAGGAUGAAGCAGCAGCACGUGCUGUAUGCAUUCCCAAUACAACGGUCCGUUACAUAGAUCAACAAGACACAGAGAUCCGUUGGAUUUUGGACGGCCACUCAGUACUCCGUUGGUCGGGCGAUCUUGGUAACAACAGACCAUCUCUUGUCAAUUGCAUGCCAGCUGUGGAUCUCUUCACUAAGCUCAGAAAUGCGUCAUCCUUUUCGACUUCUCUGAUGGAUUCGAUUAACAUUUUGCGAGCUCAACGCCAGAACCUGCCAGCGAACUGGACGCCACUUAUCUUCCAGACACACGUUUCAAAUGAGCCCCCGACUACCCUUCGAAAUCUUUUGGUACAGCCUUCCAGUCUCGAUCAGAACUAUCUCCAGCUUCCAGAGAACGUCCUCAAUCUUGCAAAGGGGCUUGCCGAAGCUGUCCACGGUUUACACAUCUGUGGAGUUGGACAUGGAAAGAUUACACCGGACUGUAUCCUUCUCACUCGGGGACCUAAGAACAAGUUCAAAGUGGCACUUCAUGGCUUUGAUAUCAUGCCAAGCGAUGGCAUCUACUGGACUGGAGUAGAUGGCCCUUACAUAGUGCCUGGUCUUUACCACAUGGAUUCUAACAACCAGGCGAUGUGGGAUUCUCUCAAGAAUGAUAUCCGCAAUGUCGGUGUGUGCCUACUUGAGAUAGGCACGGCUGCCUCCUUUCUCAGAUAUCAGGAAAAUGAUACCACGCCUGGAGCCCUUUGGACCGUUGCUGGUACGACACUGUUUCCUGGAGCACCGGCAAACCAGCCACAGGAAGAAGUUUGCUCACAUCUGAUUUCCAUGGCCGAUGCCCUCAAUCCAGGAUUGGGUUCUUCAUAUAUCGAGGCGAUCAAGGCAUGCCUGAAUGUAGGAGAGCGAGUAUCUAUUGCAGGCAGCCUAGGAAAAAUCGACUUGGCUAUUUGGUUCGUUGAGGAAGUGCUGUUCAAACUUCACAGCAUUGGUUUUACAUGA